AUGAACCUCUCGGCCGUCCUCGAUGGCCUCCGCGCCAGCCUCUACUACGCUUCUUUCAUCGGCCGCAUCUUUGCUUUCCCUUUCCGACUGGCCUAUGUCCCGAUACAUUACCUCCUGAGCGUCUUGAGGGUUGUGUUUGCGCCGGCGAUUUAUUUAUUCUCGUACAUCACAGGCUGGUGCCGGGGCGUCAUUGAUUUCGUCAUAUCUCUUCAGCCGUUAUAUACCUUUCUUGGCACCGCCGCAGCAGUCGGCAUCUUCGCCGGCUUCACCCUGGCCACCUCGUCAACAGUCAUCACUUCGUACCUCGGCAUGCAGGACGGUGUCAACGGCAGCCCUGAAGGGACUCGCUCUCGCGCUUCGCAAACAAAAAAGUCAUUGCCGCCGUUCUCGUCCGACCCCCUCAUCAAAGAUGAUUCAUCCUCUAAUGACGGAGAGUGGUAUUGGCCUGAUCCUAAUGCCUCCUCACGGCGCCGCCCUGCAACUGGGCUCUUGUCACAGACGAUUCUCGAAGAAGAAGACGAUUCUGAAUUAUAG